CACUUUGCGAACAAUCCUAUUAAUAGCCCGAUUUUCAACUUGUCGAUUCAUGCUUCUUUUAGCAAAAUUUGUGUGUAACAUUACAAAAAUUGCAGCUUUCUUCUUCUUCCUAUUUCUUCGAGCUGGUCCUCUGACUGUGUAUUUGGCAAAUACCACAACUGCGUAGUAAGGAGAAAGAAUGGGUGGUAUUGGAGUUCCAAUUUGUGUGCAGUGUGGCAAUGCUAGCAACCCUUGUAGGUGCAAGGUGGUUGGUCCAACACUUGGUUUCUUGGCUUUUGCUGCGGCAGCAAUUGUAGAACGGCCGGUUGGUGCACUGGUUUAUGUGUUCCGUCACUCUAAGGGCCGUCGGAUCAUGGGUCAUCCAGCCACCGUGAUUUAUCCUUCAGUCACCAACUCUAUUCCUAUAUAACUUUUUUUUUUUUUUACUUUUAAUAAUAAUGUAAGGAAUGUUGCUUGCAAGUUCCAUCUUACUAUAAACGUAUGUCAGUUUUAAUUA